AUGGAUUCGAAUUGCAUAAUCAUUGAUCCUAAUGGGGAUGCGCUACGCGUAUUGCGACAACAUGCAGGUCGACUCCAUGCAAGCCUGAUCAAGAAUGGUGGAGACCUCUGCCUCCCUCUUGCCCAUCAAUGCCAACGCCCUCCAGGUGGACAACCUCUGGAUCAUCUGUAUACAACAAUCCAGAAUACGGAUGAGCUUCGUCAGACUCCCAUCUCGUCGUCCUCUUCGUCCCACUCGUCAACAUCAACCCUCGUUAACGAACCUAACGAACCCAUCCACACACAUUCGGGCGACAAUGUUCCUGUGCUCCAAACCACUGAGCCCACAGCUCAAUUCACCCAUUGCAUCAAGUUUCUCGUCUCGUCUAAACGCCUCUGCUUUGCCUCCCAUGCAUUCCAAGAAAGGCUCUCCCAGCCCAAUGUUCAUACCGAAACCAGCGAGACUCAAACGACCGAAAUUCUCCCCUGCUACCUCCCAAACCUGGAUGCCCUCUACAUCCUCCUCAACAUCAUGCAUUGCCGCACUCGUCAGGUGCCCCGCACUCUAAACCUCCAGGUCCUCUGCACGGUAGCAGUGUUGACUCAGCACUAUGGUUGUCUCGAAGCCGUGGAGGCGUUUGCAAGGACCUGGCUUGGAAAACUCCAGCAUUGCUUUCCCAAGACUUACUCGCAUGACCUACCCCAAUGGAUGCUAGUCUCACGGGUCUUUCAUCACCAUGGUUUGUUUCGGCUGGUUACGAAGAUCGCGCUGCGGGAGUCGACAGCCCCGAUCACCACAAAUGGUCUAGGGAUCCCCAUGGGACUGAUAGACCUCAUGAAUAAGAUUCGUCAAUUUCGCAUUGAAGAGAUUUUCAUCGCUCUGUACGAACGCAUGGAAUACCUUCUCGACCAUCAGGUGUGCUGUCCAGACUGUGACCACCUGAUGAUUGGGACUCUGGUGCAUCAACUGAAGUCGCGCGGGCUCUAUCCUCCGCCUCUGAUACCAUAUGAAGGAUUAAGUCUGGACUAUGUGUUGAAGACAGUCGAUGAGAUGAAAGAAUCCCGGUGCAAGGAAUUGGUUCAUGACAAGGUUGGAUGCUCAGGAGCAAAGUGUUUGCUCAAUCCGUGA